AUGAUGAUCAUUUGUUUUCUUGUUUUUUCUCUGUGUACUCCAUUGCCACUAAUGGCGUACUGCAAGCAACGCGUCACUUCCACAUUAAUGUUCGUGACCGAGAGAAGAACUGCAGAGAUCGGCAGCGGCGCCAAGGCGGCAGAGGCGUCAUGCGGGAUUGAGGAGAGGCGGCGGCGGGAUCCCCCCAGGUUUUUCAGGACACGUGGGCCGCACCUUCGGAUCGCAGCGCCGGGUCAUGACCCAGUUGCCAUGCGCAUCGCCACGCUGACCUGCCUUCCCGGCCCUUCUUCCCCCUUCCUCUUCGCGCUGCUGUACUUCCUUUCGACGGCUGGCGGCGCCUCGUCCUCCACCUCGUCGUCCUCGUGCCCGGACCGCUGCACCUGCUCUAACCAGGCCAGCCGCGUCAUUUGCACCCGUCAGAGCCUGGACGACGUGCCCGACAGCAUCUCCGUCAACACCAGAUACCUCAACCUGCAGGAGAACGCCAUACAGGUCAUCAAGUCGGACACCUUCAAGCAUCUGCGACACCUUGAGAUCCUUCAGCUCUCCAAGAAUCAGAUUCGUCAGAUUGAAGUGGGUGCGUUCAAUGGCCUCCCCAACCUUAACACGCUGGAACUGUUCGACAACCGCCUCACACUGGUGCCGUCGCAUGCCUUCGAGUACCUCAGCAAGCUGCGCGAGCUGUGGCUGCGCAACAACCCCAUCGAGACGCUGCCGGGAUACGCCUUCCACCGGGUGCCCUCACUACGUAGGCUGGACUUGGGCGAGCUCAAGAAGCUGGACUUUAUCUCGGACGCUGCCUUCGUGGGCCUGGUCAACCUGCGUUACCUGAACUUAGGAAUGUGCGGACUCAAAGACAUCCCCAAGUUGACGGCCCUGGUGCGGCUAGAGGAACUGGAGCUGUCCGGGAACCGGCUGGAGAUCAUCCGGCCCGGCUCUUUCCAGGGUUUGGUUUCACUCCGGAAGCUGUGGCUCAUGCACUCGCAGGUGUCGGUCAUUGAACGUAAUGCCUUUGAUGAUUUGAAGAAUCUGGAGGAGCUCAACCUGUCCCACAAUUCUUUACACUCGCUACCCCACGAUCUCUUCACGCCCCUGCACCAGCUGGAGCGGGUACACCUGAACCACAACCCGUGGGUGUGCAACUGCGAUGUGCUUUGGCUCAGUUGGUGGCUAAAGGAGACGGUGCCCAGCAACACCACCUGCUGCGCACGCUGCCACGCGCCCCCGUUCCUAAAGGGCAAAUACAUUGGCGAGCUGGACCAGAGCCACUUCACUUGCUACGCACCUGUCAUCGUAGAGCCGCCCACUGACCUCAACGUCACCGAGGGAAUGGCAGCUGAGCUCAAGUGCCGCACCAGUACCUCCACCACCUCUGUCAACUGGAUCACACCAAAUGGAACUUUGAUGACCCACGGCUCUUACAAAGUGCGCAUUUCGGUGCUGCACGACGGAACGCUCAACUUCACUAACGUCACCUUGCGAGAUACAGGCCAAUACACAUGCAUGGUGACCAAUGCGGCCGGAAACACCACAGCCACUGCCGUCCUCAACGUCACCGCCGCAGACGUCAGCGUCAACUACACCUAUUUCACUACGGUCACCGUGGAAACUGUGGAAACUCCGGGAGAUGAAGAUUCAGCUCUGAGGGCUAUCAAUCAGACCUACAUCCGAGUCCUCCCGGGUCCGACCCGCUCGGGGCACCUGUGGCCAGAUGGUGUCCCGACGACAGCCUCCUCCUUGUCCAUUGACUGGUCAUCGCCCUCCUCGCCCCGCGCCACUCGGCCCACCUUCACUGUGCCCAUCACCGAGCCGGGCUUCUCGGGCCUGGACGAUGUCAUGAAGACCACCAAAAUCAUCAUUGGCUGCUUUGUGGCAAUCACCUUUAUGGCGGCGGUGAUGUUGGUGGUUUUUUACAAGCUGAGGAAACAGCACCAACUCCACAAGCACCACGGCCCCGCCAGGGCCAUCGAGAUCAUCAAUGUGGAAGAUGAGCUGGGCGGCGGGCCCGGCGGCCGGGGUGGAGGCGGCAUCUCGGGGGGCUGCGCCUUGACGCAAAGCAGCGGAAUCGGAGGCGGCCAGAGCCUGAGGCGGCAUCACUCGGACGCGGUCACCCUGCCCCAUCUGACCCGCUCAGAGCACCUCAACUAUUACAAGACUCACCACUUCGGCAACAACGUGGCGGGCCUGGGAAUGGGCGCCAACAACAACAACAACCCGUUGCCUUGCUCCCAGAACAUGACCAUGUCCUGCUCCCAGGUGCCCAGCUCCAUGGGCGGUGGCCUCGGGACCUGCGGCACCCUUCCCACCCCGGUCCCGCUGCCUCAGCUAAGUCUCCACAGCUCCCUCAAGGGCCUUAUGGCCAAGGGGCAGAAUGAGCCUCUGCUUUUUAAGAGCGGCUCCAAGGAGAAUGUACAAGAGACUCAAAUCUGA